AAAGAAGAAGAGCACCACAGAAAUUGCUAAAAACAACAAAUAAGAUAACAGAAAAUCCUCCAAACACCCACAAAUUCGGUGAGCUUAAAUCGAAAAGGCCAAUGGCGGCAGCAGAUCGAACCUCGCCCAGUCGAAAUAUGUGAUCGGUUUGCAGAGGCAGGCAGAAUCGCAGAAGGAUUGGCAAGUUUUCAGUUGGAGCACCCCCGAGGCAAAAUGGGCGACAGCGAGCUGAUUUGGCCGGAGAUUGGAGUGGAUCCGCAGCAUGUGAGCGAGGCGGGCGGCGAGGGGCGAUUUCAAGUGAUCUGCGACAAGGCCUGGCUGCAAUCUCUGGAGCGGAACAGGCGUCUGACUCACUUCCCCAGCUGGCCGCAAUUGGAUCGCAGGGCUUAUCCCACUGGCCAGCUGGAGCACCCGUGGACAAGGAUCCUGGUGCAAACGUAUCGCAAGCAGCCACAGGCGAGGGUCUACCCGCUGCCCAGGACCUCCGCAGAGGGUCCUUCACCCGACUUACCACUCUCCUAUUCGCAGGCAGUAUCCUUUGUGGCGCAGAGUAACUUUAAGCAACUCUGGGAGGAGGCCUACAGGAAGUACGAUGGCGCCCAUGUCAAGCUGUGCAGGUCCACACCUUCGGCACUGUCGGCAAAGCCACCCAGUGGACAGGGGCAGCUCCAGCCGCACGAUGUGGUGCUCAAGGAGCUCAUCCAACGGGUCUACCAAUGCCCCGUGCUUCACUCCCAACUGGACCGAGAGGGGAUCGGUGAUUCACCCACCGCCCCUACGAGCUCUUCCGGCAGCUGUCACGCCAACGUCUUGCCCGCCCUGGUGGCCAUCGAGUCCUCCACCCACUUCAGCGUCUUCUUUUAUCCACCAGCACUAGAGUGCAGCCUGUACGAUUGCAUUACCUUUAGUCCUGCGCUGUUGGGAAAGAACUACAACAAGACGCUGUUUGUGAUCUACCAGAUCCUGCAGCUGGCCAAGCAUCUGCAGGGACAGGGUCUCUUCCUGGGCGACCUGCGACUGCAGCACAUAGUGCUGCGCGAGAAUCUCUGGCUGCAGGUGCUACCUCGGCUGCAGUGCAACCUGUUGGAAGAUGACCCAGCGGGGGAGGACAUGUCGCCGCUGACUCCGCUGGCCAGCGAGGAUUUGGGCGAGACGGGGGAUCAGCAGCAGCCACUGCCCUCGAGCGGCACCAUGUUCGACCUGCACUUCGCCUACGAUCCCGCCCACUUCAAUCUGCGCGAGUACGCCGAGAUGUGGUGCAACGGUCAGCUGUCCAACUUCGACUACCUCACCAUCCUGAACAACGCGUGUGGCAGGAGUCUCACCAACGCCGCCCAUCACCACAUUAUGCCCUGGGUGACCGACUUCAAUGGACGCGGAGGAGCCGCAUGGCGCGAUUUGACCAAGAGCAAGUACCGCUUGAAUAAAGGCGACGUUCAUCUGGAUCUCAUGUACGCCCAUGCAAGUCAGCAUGGAGCCGGCGAUGGCAGUUACCAACCUGUUGGGGAUCAGGCGCCCCACCACGUCUCCGACUUUCUCUCCGAGAUCACCUACUUUGUGUACAUGGCGAGGAGAACCCCGCAGGCCGUUCUCUGUGCCCAUGUGCGUCCCAUCUGGGUGCCGGCGGAGUACCCGGUGUCCAUUCAGCGCCUUCAGGAAUGGACCCCCGACGAGUGCAUCCCGGAGUUCUACUCCGAUCCCAUGAUCUUCAAGAGCAUUCACGAGGAUCUGCCGGAUCUCGAGUUGCCCGCCUGGGCCACCUGUCCCGAGGACUUUAUUUGCAAGCACCGCGAGGCUUUGGAGUCGCAGUACGUCAGCGAACGACUGCACCACUGGAUCGAUCUCAAUUUUGGAUACAAAUUAAGUGGCAAGGCAGCGGUGAAAUCGAAGAACGUUUGCCUUACGCUGGUGGAUCAGCACAGGAAUCUCAGCCAGCGCGGCAUUGUCCAACUCUUUGCGAACGCACAUCCUCCGCGUCGAUAUGCCACGCCCUGGUUUAGUAAAACCGCCCCGAGGCUAAGCCAACUGUACGCCAGUCCCUCGAAGCGUCUGGCCAAGAGCACGGAGAACCUGCAAGUCGAGGCUGGAACCGGAUCGUCCAACCUGUCUCUGCGUCUUGGGGAUGAGGGAUCAAUCCACAGCAGUUCGGCAUCCGCUUCCGCUUCCAACUUCUAUGCGAUCACCAACUUCAUCGAACUUCCGGCGAACUAUAAUCCAGCUCUGUUGCUUAAUAAUCUGGAGACUCUGGAGACAUUCUACGCACGCACUUUCCCGCAGCAACGGGCUUCGGCCAAUCCGGAGGAGAAGAUCAGCAGUGAUCUCCUUUUCGAGCAGAAUUCAGCUGAGCAUUCCUUCACCAACCAGCUUUUUGCCAGCGGUGGGGAAAUACCCACGAAGUCAAAGAAUCUUCUAAAGGAAAAGAAGAACUGCCUGCAGCAUUUGGUUAAUGCGAGGAAAGAGCGUGAUCUCCAAGUGCUGGGAUGCCUUAUCGUGGAGCUCUUCGCCAUGCAACGAUUGCGUCCGCUUCUUAUGGGCAAUGGCCUGAGUGCCUCCUUCGAAGCGCGACUCUCCGCCUGCCGAACAGUGGCUCAAAUGCAUCGCCAGGAGUUGCCCAAACCAGUGCGCCGAGUGGUGCGCCUCCUCCUGCAAAUAGAGGAUUCCAAUGAGGUGGAUCAGGGCUUGCCACAACCACCAAGUCCCGCUCAGCUGGUGGAGCCCAUGUUCGCCAACCUGCUGCUCCCGUUCCCCAGCCACUACACGGCUGUCUAUGCUCUGGUUAGAUCUCUGCAUGCUUUCGAGGCCAAUGCAGUGCUUCUGGAGCUCAACACCCACUUCAAUUGCAAGGGAGGAAGGGAGUGCGCCAGGUACACGGAGAUGGAUCGCCAGAGAGUGCUGUUCGAACGGAAGAUCGCCGAGUGCAAGGUGAUGUCGUGCUGUGCCCAUGUGAAGAGGCUGUUGGAACCCGUGGCCUUUGCCUACGAGCAAUUCACUCCGGUGGAGCUGCUCCUGCCCCACAUCAUCGAUCUCUUGAGGGACGAGCGAACUUCGAUCUUGACCGCCUGGAACUUGUUCGAUCCUAUAGCGCAAGCUCUGGGAGUUGCCCAAACUCAACAGCAUUUGCUGCAGCCUCUGCUCAAGCUCUACGAUGUCGAGGGGGUCAGUUCCCAGGAGGACGGUGGAUCCAAUGGCUCCAAUAGCAGUGGUGGCCAUCUGCGCUUCUCCGCCAGCAGUUCGUUCAAGUCUCGGAAAUCAGUGAAGCUCUACCACCACAGCUUCCUGCUUCGCUUGGUUGUGCGAUUCGGACUCCGGUGCUUCCUGCACCACUUUAUAGCUCCUCUGAUCGAAGCAGUUGGCGGCUACAAGGAACCGGAGCAGGGCAAUGGCUACCACUACCACAGCGGCGGCAGCAGAAGGACGAGCAAGAAUCUCAACUUUGCCGUCGAGGAGGAGGAGGAGGUGCAUCACACAACGGAACCAGAAACCAAGCCAGACAUCGAGGAGCUGUUCACCUUCGAGGAUGACCAGGACAGGGUGUCCAUCCAGGACAGCAAGUCCAUCGACUCCUUUGACAUGCGACCCAGCACAAGUGCCGCCAGUGCGGAGGAGGCUCGGGAAUCGGACGGAUCUCCGGACAAACUGGUGAUCAACGAACUCAUUUACGGAGCGAGAAUAUCCCCGGAUAAGCUUUCUUUGAGGGAGGGGCAAACGCCGCCAGCUCUGGUUCCACCCCCAUUGGGACCCCGCUCGCCCACCAUCGAGAUUCCACUUUGCCCGACUGCCGGUGGCAUUCGACGCAGCUUCCAGCUGAGUGCCAUCGACUGCGACAUUGGCUCCCGGAAGAGUGUGGACAGCUUCGAGCUGAUCAGCCAGGCGGUGGAGCAGCUGCCUGCUGCGGCGGUGGAAACGGAAACGGAGGCCUCGGACUCACUCCAGGCAUCGGUCAUCUCCCGGUUGUCAGAGGCCAAAGCCGUGCAGAAUAAUCGCAUCAGCGAGAUGAGCGCCGAGAGUCUGGUGUGGCUGUCGCAUCGACUGGGUCCGGUGCUCACCUCCCGGUUCAUCACCAGGAAUCUCCUGAAACUGCUCUCGCUGUGCUAUGUGGGCCAGGAGAAUCUGCUCCCUGAGGUCGAUGAUGGUGGGUUUAGUUCCAGUCCCGAGGCGGCCAACCUAAACUAUUUCAGUAUUGCCAACGCCAGGGUUGUUGGGGAUAGGAGUGCUGCUCGAGUUUUGGAGUGCCUCAUGUCCAUUGCGGCUCUCUAUGGCGAGAACUUCCUUCUGCUGCAGUACUUCCCGCACAUCAGCGAACUGAUUGGAUUGUGCUCCAAGCGGAUCACUGGCAGCCUGGAGGGAGCCAUCAUCAGCUCGCUGCAGCUGCUCAAGUACAUGGUUCCGUGCCUGACCGAUGCCAGCAUUAUGGAGCACCUGCAGCACAUCCUGCUGGAUGCCAUUCUUCUGCCCAUUUUGCGUCUGUUGAGCUCCACAAAUCUCCUGAUGCCCAGUGGUUAUCUGGGACGCUCUCUACUGGCCCGGAAGUUUCUGGAUGCGAUCUAUGCCCUCAGUGUGCGCUUGGGAUCGGACAUGACGCGGGAGCACCUCUGCCAGUCGCUGCUCAGUCCGUUUUUCCUGAUCUUCAACAAGGCUUUUGGCUUGCCCAAUGAUUUUGCUUGCGAUCUGGCUAAUCUCUCGCUGGUUGGUGGUGCAUCGCAGCAGGAACGUGCCCUGGAGGAGCUGAGGGAUGUGUUUGGACCGGAGCUGGCGCACACAGCUUACCUGACCUUCCUGCGUUUCCUGGGCGAGGCCAACAUGAAGAGGACUCUUACCAAUCUGGAAUUUGUGCUGACCCUCUGUCACGAACACGAGCAACCCAGUGGCGAUGGACAGAGCAAGGCCCAAUCGGCGACCAGUGUGAGUUCUGGCCAAGAUUUGGACUCCGUGGAUGCCAGUUGUGAGCUGGCCGCGAACAGUUUUGGCACCCAGAUCGUGGGCAAUCGGCUGCAGGUGGCCAGGAACAAUGUGGAGCUGAUCGACAUGGUGGCCUACAAGUUGGACCAGAUGCCCAGCACUCGACACCUGAAAGGCAACUGGUUGGCCUACUGGCGCAAUGAGACGACGCGCAGUGAGAAGGAUAAUCAGACGCUCAACCUCAAGCAGAUUCGCCUUCAGUCCUUCGUGGGUCACACCAACUCAGUGAGAGCCAUUUAUGCUCUUGAUAACGAGAACAGCUUCAUCUCCGCCUCCAAAGACAAGACCGUCAAGCUGUGGUCGCUGCGCAGCGAAGGAGAUGGCCGGAAGACCACCGCCUGCCAGUUCACCUACACGGCGCACAAGAAGUCCAUCAACUCCCUGGGCUUCCUGGAAUCGCUGCGUUACGUGGUGUCCUGCGACUCGGGCAUUCACCUGUGGGAUCCGUUUAUCGGGAGACCCCUUGGGAUACUGGAUGCUCCUCGUCACAGCGCAGUGACGGUGGUCAAGUGUUUGCCCUCUCAUUCGCCACUGGUGAUUGCCGGCACGGCAGAGUCCACUGUGAAGAUGGUCGACGCCAGGAGUUUGGAGUACGUCAACGAGUGGCGGGUGUGCAAUGCCACCUUACCCAAUGCCACAGUCCGUUGCCUGGCGGUGGCUCCAUCCGGGAAUUGGCUGGCGGCAGGUCUCUCCUCCGGAUGCAUCGUUCAGCUGGACACGCGCACCGGAAUGGUGAUCAACUCCUGGCGACCCAUGGAAUGCGAUCUGCUGCAGCUGGCGGCGCCGAGCGAUCAGUUCCUGGUGAGCUCCGCCUUGGAUCACAGCCUGGCCGUUUGGCAUGCCCUGGAUGGCAUCAUGCACUACCAACUAAAACCUCCCCCGGAACCCGCGCACUUCCUGCAGAGUGUGGGCUCCUCCUUGGUCUACGCCACCACUGGCAACCGAGUGGGCGUCUAUGCAGAUGUGGCCCACUCCCACGCCUUCAACACGAUCACCAAACUUCGCUCGGAGACGUUCCGCGGCGUGCUCACCUCCCUGGCCGUGUUGCCCUUGAACCGAGCCUUCCUCGCCGGCAACGAGAGCGGAAACAUCGCCCUGCUUUGCUAGACAGCGUGAAAUUCUGUACCAAAAUAUGAUAUUAUACUCUAGUUUAUUUUAUAUCCAAUGGCACCAAAUAUUGUUUUAACGCAGAUUGAACGUCGCUAAAUAACCCACCCGCCUAAUUAAAUGAAUUUACGUAUUGAGAUACGGCUUGCAAAUGCAGAAACAUUUAUUUACGUUCGCACAAUUAAUCGGACAGUGGAAUAAUAUUAGCGACGUUCUGCAUAAUUUAUAAUCAAAGCUAUAAAUAAUCUAUAUAGGCAUUCCAAAUCCACAUUAUGUGUAUAGUUAUACUUACGUCUGUACAAAAGAGACAAUUUGUAUUUACAAUUAACAACUUAAGCUGGAAAGAGGUAAAAUAUUUAUAUAGCAAUAUACGAACUCAAUAAAAAUGACAAGGUAAAUGUUGAUUAUACUUCGUA